UGUUCGUUUAGCUCAAAGAGUCCUAAGUCUACAAAAGAAAAAUACCACUCUACAGGAUGAUUUAGAAAAAGAAACCAAAAAGAGGAAUCAAUUGGAAGGAAUGCUCGAAGAGUCUAGUUCUUUGCUACAGAGUUUACAACAGCCACAGACUUAUUUGAUUGAGGUCAUGCGGAACAAAGAUGGAAAAAUACAAGAACUUACAAAAGAUAGCAACCAGCUGAAGGAAGAAAUAAAGCAACUUCAUAAGGAACGAAAAGAUCUUCUUACAUCCAAACAGCAGUUGGCAGCAGAUUUAGAAAAACUUCUAGGUCAUGGGGAAGAGCUCAGAGGGAUGAAAGAGACGCUGAGGUCUACCCUUACUGCACAAACAGCUUACAGAUGACAGUUUGUCCUGUUAUGUUAACAUCAGAAGUGACC